UGUGUGCAGACAGCACUUCCAAAACAUAAUGACUGCUCAGUGAGCGAUACAGCAUGCAUCUGCUAUAACGAGGCGAUCAGUGCGGUUUUCAAUGCAUGUCUUAAAAGCACUUGUACAGUCAGAGAUAUUGUAGUCGCCACCAGGUUGCAGAACAUACAGUGCAACGCUCCAAUACGCGAUCGUUCGAAGGUCUUGCUCAUCAUUUCCAUCGUUAUUGGCGCAAGUGCAUUGGUCGCCGUUUGUAUGCGGAUGUCUGUUGCGUUCCGACAAGGUAGCUUCGGCUGGGAUGAUAUCGCCUGUCUUUCCGCAUACGCUGCUUCCAUUCCUGUGACAGUCGUUUGCUGUGUAACAUCAGUUCACGGCUUUGGCAAGGAUACGUGGGCUUCGCCAGUGGCAGACAUCUUCUUGACACUGAGGCUCGUCUACGCCAGUCAAAUAUCGUAUUUCCCGGCAUCUGGCUUGACUAAGCUUUGCUUCCUGCUCUUCUUCAUACGCAUAUUUCCUGGCAAACGGAUCCAGGGAGCGAUACGAGCACUUGUUUGGGCCACCAUCAUCUACAUCGUCGUCUUCAUGAUCACCAUGGUCUUUGCCUGUAAGCCUAUAUCAGCUGUUUGGACAUCCUGGACCAAGGAGAAUACCCCGUCAUACUGUAUUAAUCAAAAAGCGUUCUAUUACGCGGCGGCUGGCUGCAAUAUCGCGCUUGACAUACUAAUCGUGCUGAUACCUAUACCGGAACUGUUGAAACUGAAGCUCAGCCGCAGGAAGAAAAUCUUUCUGGUCGCCAUUUUCAGUGUUGGGGCAGUUACUGUUGUGAUCUCAUGUAUUCGACUCGGCGCUCUUGCGACGUAUGAGACAGAGGUCAAUCCAAUGUACAACAACGUCCUCUCUGGAGUAUGGUCCGUCUUAGAGAUCAAUGUGGGUAUCAUAUGCAUUUGCAUGCCUUCAUUCCCGCGUUUCGUAAGCCAGCUGGCACCACACUUCUUCAGCACGACUCAUCGCGACUCGCGCUUGUGCGGCGAAGCUGGUACGCCCAACGCAUAUGGGCGGAGUGGAAGGAAAAAGUUUCAAACACGUGUUAGCAUGUUCGAGAUGUCUAUCGUUAAGACUGUGGAUAUGACCGUGGAAGCCCAGCGCGCAUCUGAUGACGAGGUCCGCUUGGUCAUGCUUCAACAGAACAGGAGGGGUGCGCCGAGCUCAGCAAGCAGCACUGCCGGCUGGGAGCUGCCAAUGCAGCGACCUGAUCAAGUCUAUGACGGCCGUUCGUAG